UCUCGUACCGAGGGGAUCUUGUCUUGUGUUCCCUCGGCCAAACCAAUCCAUCAGCUUGAUGGUGUCUGCAAGCAGCUCCGCAAUAUCACCAUUCCCUGGAUCUUCUCCAUGUCCCCGACCAAGCUUUCACGUUCAUUCUCUUCUUCCUUUCACUCCGACAACAGAACCCGCAAUGCCUCGCCCAUCCAAACUCUUCUCAAGAGAGGGUUCACUCCCACCAUCAAACACUUCAACCUCCACCUCCUCUUCCUCUCUGAAUCCCGCCGAUUCGGCUCCAUCAUUCACCUCUUGUCUCAGCUGGAGCACAACAAUGUCCAUCCCAACUCACGCACGCACUCCAUCUUCACGCGGGCUCUUCUCGAACUCCACAAAUUCGAAGAAGCAGAGCAAUUCAUGAGGUCUCAGACGGCCAAGACUUCGAAUUUUGCCAAGACCCGCAUCUGGGACUCUAUAAUUCAAGGUCAUUGUGUCCAUCGCAACGACCCGGAAAGAGCAUUGUCAGUUUUUCGUGACUGCUUGAGUGGGUAUCGUGUAUUGCCUUCUUCCUACACUGUUUGUUCUUUAAUUCAGGGGUUUAGCUCUCGCGGUAUGAUGGGACGAGCGAUUGAGGUCAUGGAGUUGAUAGCGGACGAGAAGAUGGAAUACCCUUUUGGUAAUUUCGUUUGUAGUUCUGUCAUUGCUGGGUUUUGCAGAAUCGGAAAACCGGAACUUGGUGUUGAGUUCUUUGAGAAGGCCAAGAUUUCGGGGGCUUUACGUCCCAAUCUAGUCACUUACACUGCCCUUGUCCAUGCUCUUUGUAAAUUGGGUAGGGUCGACGAGGUGGGCAAUUUAUUUCGCGCCAUGGAGGAGGAGGGUUUGGCUUUUGAUGUCGUGUUUUUUACUUGUUGGGUCUGGGGAUAUCUCAAGGAAGGUUUUGUCAUGGAGGCUUUUAGGAAAAAUAGUGAAAUGCUAGAGAGAGGAAUUGGUGCAGAUGUCGUUAGCUAUACCGUCCUUAUGGAGGGAUUUUCUCGAGAAGAGAAUACAGGAAAGGCGGUUGGAUUUUUGUCGAAGAUGAGAAACGAAGGAUUGAAACCCAACCUGGUUACUUACACCGUUUUGAUAUUGGGACUUUGCAGGAAAGGAAAACUGGAAGAAGCAUAUAACAUCUUUAAGAUGAUUGAAGAUAUAGGGAUGGUUGCGGAUGAACUUCUGUAUGCAACGUUGAUAGAUGGUGCUUGUAGGGAAGGUGAUUUUGAUCUUGUUCUUGAUUUGCUGAGUGACAUGGAUCAGAAGAGGAUUAGUCCGAGUGUCGUCACGUACAAUACUGUCGUGAACGGACUAUGCAAAUUUGAGAGAACAUGCGAGGCAGAUGAGUUCUCCAAGGGAGUUGUGGGAGAUGUUGUCACAUAUAGUACCUUGUUGCAUGGGUACAUUGGAGAAGAGAAUGUCCAGGGAGUACUAGAAAUAAGGCAGAGGUUCGAAGAAACUGGAUUUUCUAUGGACAUUGUCAUGUGUAACAUACUUAUUAAGGCGUCAUUCAUGGUGGGGGCAUUUGAAGAUGCUACUGCACUCUAUAAGAGAAUGGCGAAUAUGAAUUUAACUGCUGAUUCCAUUACGUACUGCACGCUAAUCGAUGGAUUCUGUAAACUAGGAAGAAUAGAUGAGGCACUAGAGAUAUUUGAUGAGUUCAGGGAGACGUCAAUCUCCUCUGUUGCAUGUUACAACUGUAUCCUCAAGGGCCUCUGCAGGAAAGCCAUGAUUGAUAUGGCCAUUGACGUGUUUCUUGAACUUGUUGAAAAGGAUUUGCCAGCAGAAACACACAUUUGGAAUUUAUUGAUUAAGGAAGCUUUUAGAGACCAAAAUGCAGAUGGAGUCUUGACUUUAGUUAUCAGAAUUGGGAAACUGCCCUCAGAAAUAUACGAUAAGGUAUGUAAUGAGGCUAUCUGCUUCUUGUGCAAAAAAGGUUUUUCAGACUCUGCGUUAGAGAUUUACAUGUUGAUGAGGAGGAAUGGCUCACUCAUUACAAGCAAGUCUUACUUUUUAAUGCUCAAAGGACUUAUAGAUGGGAAGAAACACGUGACUGAGCCUUUUCUGUGUAAAUUUGUUAAAGAAUAUGGAAGUGGUGACCCUAAAGUUGGAAAAACAAUAGCACGUUAUCUAAGCUUGAAGGAUGUUGACCGGGCCCUUCUAUUUGUCAACAAGAUGAAGGAGGGAAAGUCAAUUGUCACUUUACCUACAUCUGUAUUUAAGAUACUCAUACAGGAUGACAGAAUUUUAGAUGCAUAUAAGCUACUCAUGAAUGCGACAGAUCAUAUUCCUGUGGAUGUGGUUGAUUAUUCGAUCAUAGUCAAUUGUCUCUGCAAGCGAGGAUAUCUUAACCAGGCACUUGAUCUUUGUUCUUUCAUUAGGAAGAAGGGGAUAGCCCUCAACGUGGUCUCUUACAAUUCAGUCAUUAAUGGGUUGUGCUGCCAGGGUCGAUUAAUGGAAGCAUUUCGGAUCUGUGAUUCUCUAGAGAGAGUUGGUCUGGUUCCAUCUGAGAUCACAUAUUGUACACUAAUUGAUGCUCUAUGCAGAGAGCAAUUUCUGAUUGAUGCUCAACUACUUUUCCAGAAAAUGAUCCUUAAGGGGCUCGAACCUGGUACUCAUGUUUACAACUCAUUAAUUGAUAGCUAUUCUAAGAUUGGUAUGUUGGACAAUGCAUUGAAGCUUCUCCAUGAAAUGGAGAUGAAAGGCCUUAGGGUGGAUGCAUUCACUGUAAGUGCUGUGAUUAAUGGCUUUUGCCGAAGUGGGGAUAUGGAAGGGGCUCUCACCCUUUUUUCUGAGUUCAAGAAUAAAGCUAUGUUACCUGAUCUGUUGGGUUUUCAGUAUCUGCUAAGAGGUCUAAGUGCCAAGGGAAGGAUGGAAGAGGCAAGGAGUGUGUUGAGAGAAAUGCUUCAGUCUGAGCCUAUAGUGGAGCUUAUAAACAAAGUUGAUUCUGAGUUUGAAACGGAAUCAAACAAUUUUCUUGUACUUUUAUGUGAGCAAGGGAAUAUAAAAGCAGCCAUUACUCUCCUCGAUGAAAUUGGCAACAUGUAUCAUCCUACUCAGAAGUUCCAUGCUGAUUUUAAUGAGUGGGCAAAAUCAAACAUGCGAUAUGAGGGAGAGGGAUUUAAAACAGAUGUUGCUGGGUCUACGACAGCCCUUAGUAAUAAUGACCUGGAAAUUUGGCCAUUGGAAGAGAAGAACAUGGAGGAUGCUACGAGUGCAACGAAACCUAAGAUUAAUGACUUUGACUCUUUCUAUUCCCUGGUUGCUUCACUAUGUUCAAGUGGGGAGGUAGAAAAGGCGAACCUGCUUCUGAAAGGAUUUGUUUGCUAAUGCAGAAGAAAACUAAUUUGCUCCAACAUUAUUAGCUUGAGUAUUGCUUGCUCUCUCUGAUUCGUGAUGGCUCGUUCCUAGGCAUUGAUAGCAGAUACAGCUUCAUAGGAUCAAUGAAUAUUUGCUCAACAGUUUUCAGGUAUCCAAGCUUGUGAAGGUGCCUUCUGUGAUCCGCAUAUUUUCCAAAGUGGAAGCAAUUCACCUGACUUACGAUGGACAAGGUUAAUUCAGGUCCCUGUUGCUGUUCUCAUCAAAUAGUUGUUGUUAUUGACUACCUAUGAGAACAGUUCUUUUUUCAGAUUCUACACUUAUCCUUUAUGAUGAACAAAUCAUCAGUUGUUUUUUCUGAAGAAGCCAUGAAAGUUUUUCUCUUUUGUUGAUACCGACUGGUCCAAGGACGAUGAACAAAGGGGAUAGGGAAAGUAGGAGGAUUUUUCGGUAGACAAUAUUAAGGAUUUAGACCAUAGUUUGCUUUUCAAGAUUAAUGUUUGAACGUGAAAAGAGCGAAAUUUGCAGGCAUAAAUAGGAGGAUCACAAUGAUUAGGGUUUGGUGAGUAUAGGGUUUUAUGAUUUAGGACCAUGUAACUAACAAGUAGGACAUAAGGUGAUGUGGCUGUUUCAUUAGACAAUGAUAAUCAUUUUUUCUUCACUUCAUUCAACAAGGGUCUUAGCAGCACGCAAUGCUCAAUCUCUCCAAUGCGACCAUAGUCAGGGCAAAUGUGGUUUAUUCCUCAUUCUAUCGUAUGGUAGCUUUUGUGUCCGGGUAAUUUAAAUACCUGCAUUAGUGAAAAGCUGUAUAUUGUCCAUUACCAGAUGACAGUUGAGGUAACCUCUUCAGAGAUUAUGAGCUAAAGAAGAUGGUAGAUCAGGAUUAUUGCGCUUAUAUUCAGAGGAUGGAAGUGACUUUCAGACACCUGUAUGAUAAGGACAAUGUUCUCAUGGUGUUCAUGGGGGACUGCAGUGUGUUCCAUGGGCAUCCAGGUAGCCGGAUCCUGUACUCAUGCUUUUCAGUUAUCAUAAAAACAUAAUUAUUGUGGUGCCAUAGACAUCCAUGCAGACACAGCAAAUGUCCUGUAUAUGGAAUAUUACAAUAAAGGUCUUCAUUUGUUUGAAUGAUUGUGCUUUGAGUGGUAUAGCUCUAACGUAUAGCUUCUGAAUGUUUUAGAUUAAUCUCAUUAUUCACAUCCAAGAUAAUCUUGCAUUCAUCUUGCAAAUGCUGGAUGUAGGGGCCUAUAAUGUAUGUGGACAUGAGGUGAUAGAUUUAAAUACUUGUGAGGCAAGGACUUUGUCUGUCAUUUUUUAUGAAAUCAGUUAUCACUUUUACUGCCAUCUUUCUUGAAUUGCAUUGACAAUGCACAAAAUCUUGCCAUUUCUUACAUGUGAAGUUCAUCAGAUUUAGCAUCGGCCUUAUAUUUCACUUUUUCCUUUGACAGGGAUGCACAAAUUCUUGGUGCCAUUGGCAUAUGUUCUUCAUGUGGACAUCUCAUUCUCUCUCGAGCGAGAGGGCUUCACGAAGAGAACUUCAUUAACAAGUUUGAUGAGUUAUCGGUUAAUGAAACCGAUCUUAUCCAUAAUUGAUGUAUUCGAAAAGUUCUUUGAUACCUUCGGAGACCUGAAUUUCUGGAAGGAAAUACAUCCAAGAGCAUGAGCACACUGCGUGAGUGAUGCACUCAAUGAGUGGGGUCAAGGGGCUGAUACCUGUGGCAGACUUAUUUGGGCACUCACCUGCAUGUGGGUCUUAUGCUGGCCUGCCUCCUGUAAUUGAGGCUUCAGCCGCUAUGCACCAUCUGCUAUCUGCUGUUGAUUCUUUUCUCUACAGUCAACUCGUCGGUAGGGAUGGGCACAGGGCUGGCCCGAGGAAUGUGCGGUGAGGAACUUACCCCUUUCAUGCCAUGCACCCCAUUUCCUGCUUUCUUACCACAAAUUCAGCUCUAAUGGGGGCGGGGCACCCGGGGGCAACUUCAGCAAGCAUUGGAGAGAGGAAAUAGUGUUCUCAUUCACAAGCCGGGAAGACCUUAAGCAAAGUAGUAUAGAAACCGCGAUAACAGCUAUAAGUGCUCCCUGUGCUGAACUGAGAAUCUUGAAGGUAGAUCCUUAGUCAUCUUCAGCAGUUGGGUCUACUUUACUAU